AUGGUCAUAAGAUAUGAUGGAAGGUCUAAUUUGGAGUGUGGUGCAAUAUUGGCUAAUGUAGGUAUCUUCAACAGCUUAAAUGGCUCUGCAGAAUUUUCUAUUGGCCUUUCUAAAGUUAUAGCAACUGUUUGGAGACCAGAAGAAGCAUCUAGCAAUAAAUGUAAAUCAUACCUGGAAGUGAUUUUAAGACCUAGAAUCGGCCAGGCCCAGGAAUCGUAUAAACUGGUUGAAUAUCAUAUUUUGAAACUAUUUGAAAAGGUAAUAGAUUUUAAAUCUUUUGCAAGGUGUGUUAUUUCUAUAGCACUGCAAAUUGUAUCGGAGGAUGGCCCAAUUCUGCCAGUUUGCAUUAAUGCAGCAGUUCUUGCUCUUAUUGAUUCAGGGAUCCCCAUGGAAUUUUUCCCUCUAGCUGUUUCAAUAGCUGAAUCUUGUCACUUCUAUGGUGAAAAAGGCACUUCUCACCUAAUGCUAGACCCAACACAAUCAGAAUUUGAACAAUGUAUUAGUUGUUCUACAAUAGUUAUAAAUACAACAGAGAAGAACAUUUUCUCCUGUAUUACUAAUAAAGGCACCGGUAUUUCUCAAAACGAAUUAAUAGAUGAAAUUCACCCAAUUAUACUAUCAAUUGCAACAUCGAACAGUCUAAUCAAACACUUAUCAGAAACAUUGCUAGAAAACAUAAAGUCUAAGGUAGUAAAGCCGUAUAACAACAAUCUUUUCUAA